AUGAAGAUGGUUGACAUGCUGAAGCACAAGCCUGCCUAUAAAAUCAGAGUAUUGGCCAUCCAACGUCUGAAAGCUCUCAGACAAACUUCUACCGUUUCCCGUCAUAACACCUCCUUCCUCGCUGAAGCCCAUUACACUGGGUGGAAUGAGACCGCUCUUGUCGAGCAAUUCAAGGACGGCUUGAAGCCGGAUAUCCUGCGUGCUGUCGUUAUGCCCCAAGGAGGACUCCUCCCAGACACUGUUUCUGCUUUCGCUGCUGUGGCUGGUCAUAUUGAUACCCAGUUACAAGCCCUUCCUUCUUCCAAACCCAGAACCUCUAAUCCCUUUUCUUCUUCUUCUCGUUCUUCCUCUUCCCACACCACCAAACCAGCUUCUCAGCCUCCCCAAUUUCCGGGCCUUCCGCCCAGAAAGCACGAGGUCUGGGUGACCAUCAAUGGCAAGCGCCGUCAGUUGCCCAAGGAGAAAGUGUAUUGCGCUACCCACGGGUUGUGCGAAUGUAAGAGGCUUGCCUCAUACCCUUCCUGA